AUGAACUACCUAACCUGGGCCCUGGUCAAUGGGCCUGUCGGCGUAAUCAACUUCAUAAUUAAUGCUUUUUACAUCUUCUGCAUCGUGUGUCCGCUCCGCGGAGAAAGGAUCAACAGCGUUUCCUCCUCUGUCUGGCUGAACUUCUUCUAUUACACUCAGAUUGUUCCUGCACAGAGAGCCAUCUUCAUCUGGAUUAAGAAGAACAUCAAACCAAUCAUCUUCUGCAUUUUGCUUUUAGAAAACAUUUACGGUUUACUGGAUUUAGUCUUGGUCAUUAUGGCUCCCUAUUCUACUGGAUCUGAACUCAACAUGACUUCUAAGGUGGAACAGGCACCCGUCUCCAUACCGGUGGAAGAGUUGCUGAACCAGACUGUGGAUAUAUAUGCUAUUAUGGUUAUCAUAAAGAAGGGUCGUUUUUAUCUCUCUUUUGUUGUGAUGAUGACAUCUAGUUGUAUCACUGUAGUCUAUCUAGGAAUGCACAUUCGGCGUAUGGUUAUAAAUGGACAGUCCCUUUCCAGUGCUCGGCUCAGUAGCCAGUUGAGGGUCACCAUCACUGGCGUCAUUCAGGGUCUCCUGUAUUUUUCCUUUGCUGUCUGGCACGAGUACGUGUUUACGUCUCAGCAAAAUCUGUCUGCUUUCAUAAGUCCUUAUGUACGAUCGACAGCGGUCAGUUUCUACAUGUUGGGCACCACAUUUAACCUGGGAGCUGGUCAGUCUGUGUUCAGGCAGAGAGCAGCAGAUACGUGGAGCAGAGCAAGUCGGUGGUUUUAG